AUUCUACUACAUCGUCAAACGUCGAGAGACACUCCAUCCGGCAUCGAAACAACCUAGACACCACGACAACCCACUGGUUCCUCCCCGACAUCAGUAAUUUCAAACAAAAUCCAAUCGACAUGGCAGAAUCCACGUUGGAGCCUGUUUUUGACGCCAAGAAGGUCACCGUCAUCUAUGUCCUGGGUGGGCCCGGAGCUGGGAAGGGCACACAAUGUAGCAAGCUCGUUGACGCGUUUGGCUUUUGCCAUCUUUCUGCUGGAGAUCUUCUACGUGAAGAACAAAACCGAGAUGGGUCCGAAUAUGGUGAACUGAUUAGAAACUAUAUUCGAGAGGGUACUAUCGUCCCAUCUCAUGUCACCAUGAAGCUUCUUGAGAACGCCAUGACUGAGGAGAUGAAGAAAAAAACGGGAGAUGGGUGGGUGGAUGGCCAGGGUCGGUUCUUGAUCGAUGGCUUCCCUCGGAAGUUGGAUCAGGCUACUGGAUUCGAUGAAACGGUAUGUCUUGCUUCAUUGGUCAUCUUCUUCAACACAUCCGAAGAUGUGAUGCUCCAACGCCUGCUGGAGCGCGCAAAGACCAGCGGACGUGAAGAUGACAACGUCGAAACUAUCCGAAAGCGUUUCCGCACGUACAAUGAGCAAACCAUGCCAGUAAUAGAUCAUUACAGGACACUGAAAAAGGUUGCAGAGAUCGAUAGUACGGCAUCGGUUGAGGAAGUCUAUCGUGCCGCGUGCGCUACUGUUAGCAACUUGUUUUCUUGAAUUAUACCCAGAAUACCUCCGUAGACAUGGAAAUCCGAACACAUUUUAUCUGCAACUUCAAACUCUGUUGGGAUAUCGCCAAUACCUUCAAGUAACCUC